AAGAAUGUUUUGCAUAGUCUUUAAUUUAAGAAACUAAGAAUCAAUAGGUAAAAUCUUAUCUGUAGAUUGCUUACAUUUACAGUACUUAGUAGCCUUUUUUGCUUGUUUGAAUAGUGUUGAUGAUUUGCUUCCAAAUCAGAACAACAAAACCAUGUUUGCAAAUACUGUCAAGUCUGGUGGAUUUUCAGUUGAUUUUGUAUUCAGCAAAAGAAAAACAAAAGAUAUCUCUUUAACAGCAAACAUUGAUUUAAAGCUUGAAGAUUUUGGCUUGGAAGAAGUAAAGCAAACUUACCAGCCCAUGUUUCUAGAUCCUGGGAGAAAAAGCAUGUUCACUGCUGCAAUUUGUUUAGAUACAACCAACCAUCAAAUAAGACGCUGCUCAACAGCAGAGUAUUAUCACAUUACCGGAUCGACAAAGUACAUUAAACAGCUAGAAAAGCUUAAGGUUCAAAAGGGCAUAAAAGAAAUUGAAAACAGUAUACCCUCUUCUAAAACAGCUGAAUGCGUUGCUUAUCUCCUCUAUAUUAAAUACAUUCUUACCCAUGCUGGUGUCUUAUUCGCAUUUUAUGAUUACAAAACAGCAAAGGAUCACUUUUACUUGUAUCAAGGCAAACAGAGAGCGGCAGAAGAAACGGUGAACAUGCUUGCACAUGGAGGUACCAAGUAUAAUAAGAGAAAGAAGAGACACAGGAAGAAAAAAAGAAGCAAGAAGCAAAAACUGAUGGCAAAUCCAAAAGAAAAAAAGAACCCAGUUGCCAAAAAUAGCCAAAACUGGAAGCCCGUAAAGUUCCAAAUGGAAAGAGAGAAAGUACCCCUUGUAGUCUUUGGUGCGAGAAUGUUUGGCAAAGACUCGAUAAAGCUGAAGGGAAACAGAUUGGCGUCACUGGUGUUUUUUUGGCGAGCGUUAAAAAGAAGAGAAGCAGCUAAAGAUCUCAUCGCAGUUAUAAUUGAUGAAUGCAAGACUUUCAAAGUGUGCAAUGCGUGUAAUAAUGAUCCCCUCACAAGUAUGUUCGGCUUGAAGAGUCGUAAUGUCCAGGUCUGCAAUUUCUGCAAGGCAUUAUGGCAACGAGGUAUCAACGCUUGCAAGGAUGCGCUGCCCAUUUCCCUUUCGGUUUGGGAUGGAAGAGGUCAACCUUUCAAGCAUAGCAGAAACUAAGUGUUUUUUAAUCGCCGUAAUGAACACGGUUUCCCUUUCGGGAUAAAAAUCAUUACUUGUAGCUAGCCAGUUAUAAAAUUGUACAUGUUCAACACAGGAGCAAUUUGAUGCAGGUUUUGUUCCCUCUG